AUGAAAGUGAAUCAAACAAAUCAGUUAAUAAAAAAAAUCUACUACAAUCUAGAAGAAUUUCUUGCCUCAAAUUUGUCUUGUCAUUCGAAUCUUAAUUUGUAUUUGAAUGAAAAUUAAGCAAACUAAUAAGGAAAUGAGGUGUUUAAGCAACAACUAGAAUUAGCCUUUAGUAAUUGCUUAAGUCUUUUAACUCUAACUAUUUAAAUAACCUCAAAUAAAAUUGGCGAUGAAGGCAUAACCUUUCUAGGCUCUGCUUUAACUAAAUGCAAAAGUCUCCAGAUAUUAAAUCUUCAUUUAGCAUACAAUAAUAUAACACAAUAAGGAGCUUAGACUUUGGGAACUGCGUUAAUUGAUGUUAAGAAACUUGACACUUUGAAGUUAUAUUUGAGCUUCAAUAAAAUUGGAGAGUAAGGGAUAAAAAAUUUAAGCACAAAUUUUAUGUACUACUAGAACCUGCAAUUUCUGACAUUAUUCAUAACUUUCAAUAAUAUCGGAGGUAAUGGUGCUUCAAUCUUAGGCUUUGAAAUUGGAUUUUGUAAAAAACUAAAAAAAUUAGAAUUAGAUUUAAGUAACAACAAUAUUGAUGUACAGGGCGCAAAUGGAUUAAACUCAGGUCUUAUGAGCUGUUUAUCUCUUGUAUCUUUAACAUUGUAUUUAAGUUCAAACUAUCUAAAUGGGAACGGAAACAAAUAUUUAAGCUUAGAUAUAUAAAACUCCAGAAAUCUAAUUUAGUUUGAUCUCUAUUUAAGAGAAAAUUAAAUAGGAUAUGACUAAAAAUAAAAGCUGGAGAGAGCUGUUUAAAAAAUAAGAAAGUUGGUGAAAAAAGAUUUAUAAAUAACAUGA